AUGCAUGAUGAUGUAAAGGGUAUAGCGAGAUUUCCUAAACCUGCUUUAAGGAACCUAGUUCGCUGUGAAUUAUGGACAAAAUACAUGUUCCCAGAAAGCGGAGAAUCUUCAUUCACAUUACAAAUGAAGUUACACAAUGAACACAGAAUACUGUGUCAGAAACAUUUUAAUGGUGCGGAUUUUACUGAUGAGUCUAAGAAGAAGCUACUCAGAACUGCUGUACCAUGUGAUAAUGUAUAUGAGUUACCUGCAUAUUCUGCAGAACCU